GCAUACGGCGCGGCAUACCGGCAUACUACUAUUAACUAUUAAGUAAUAAUUGAUAAGUAAUCUGUGUUCGGUGUUGUAGAGGUGAAUUUUUUGUUGACAAAAUAUGUGAUUAUUCUUAUGUAUUCGUUAUUCGUUUCCUUACCGAGUACAAAAUGUCUGAUCCUACAAUACAGACUUUUUGCUGCCAUCACAAUGAUAAUCAAGGAGGAGUAGUAACUAUUCAAAUAAUGGAUGAGUUUAAUACUGAAUCUUACAAUACAGUUUGUUUGGUAUCAUCCACUAUUGGAAUCCUUGGUGCUAUGUAUCAGAUAUUUCAAAAUGGUGUACGGAGAAUACAAAGUCCAAGCAGGGGAAGAAAGAUCAUAAUGUGGUUGGCAGUUGCAGAUCUCUUAGCCUCUCUAGGUGUGCUGGUAAGAUCCUCUUUCUGGUUGAAGUAUAAAAAUAUCUUACCACUUCCAGAUGAUGAUAUUAGUGUUCUAUUUUGUAGCAUAACUUCGGCAUGGACGCAAUAUUUUUACACAGCUACGUGGUUUUGGACAUUAUUUUACGCGGUAGACAUAUGGCAGUCGAUACAGGGUAAAGAUACACGACCUCUACUUUACCACUCCUUGGCUUGGGGAAUACCUGCAGCGACGACUAGUAUAGGUCUAUCCAUACUCUACAUACCGAAUGCUACGUGCCAUAAUUUAACAUCUCUAUCGAAUGUGCUGUUAAGGAUUCUACCAAACUAUUGUGCAACUUAUGUGCCCAUAGCUUUAGUGAUGGUCAUUAAUCCCAUUAUGUACAUUUUGGCGGGAAAGAAAAUUGAAGUUACUGUAGCGCUGCCAUUAGCACAGUUUACAAGCAAAGAAAGAAGAGUUGUGGAUGCUUUACGACUAAAAUUCUUUUUGAUAAACGUCGUAUUUUACGUCUGCUGGUUGCCGAAUCUUAUAAAUGGAAUUUUAAUAUGGACAAUGUGGUCGACAAUGCCCGUCAAAGCGAUCAUUUCAAUUUGGUAUAUUAUGGCAUUGAUGAAUCCAAUGCAAGCCCUGCUUAAUGCAUUAGUCUACAGAAAGUGGAAUGUGACAGACAGAUAUCAGCCAAUGUUCCACGAUGAUCAUAAGGAGCUCAAUUUCAGUGAUGAGCAAUCGCCACUUUUAGGAUCGGAACCACCUCGAUUACUUUUAGCUCCUAUGCCCUCCACAAUUAAUAACAGCUAUGCUACGUUAUAGACGCAAGUGUUGCCAUUAUACAUAGUCAUAAUGAACACAAAGUUUUUUUUAAUGUUGCCAUCUCUAUUAAUAGAAAGUGAGACGAAAUUUUAAGUUAUGUUUGAAUAGUAAUAUAAAUUCUGAUUCCGUCUGCAUAUUUAAAAAUGUAUACUUAGAAGUUUCCGGUUUUAAAGUAGCUGUAUAUGUGUUUAUGAGACAAUGUUACCCUGAAAUGCAGUAGUUAAUAAGAAAUCAAAUGACUUAUAUCGUAACCAUGUUCAUAGAAAUUUGAAAUAUUUUGUACUUUUGUAAGUUUUAUAUAUUCAAUAUAUGCCUUAUGCUGCAUGCAUUAUCUUAAUGAUGUAUCUAUUGUUCCAACUGUCUUUGGGUAGAAAUAUUUAAAUUUACACGAAAUUGAUAGUUUCUGAUUUGAGAACAUUAAAAGUAUUUUGGAAUGAUUAUUUGGUAAUUUUCUAUACCAAAGAUAGUAGUGAUAUUAAACAAGUAAGUUUUUCACUUGUAUAGUCUAAAAAGGUUCAAAUUGUGGUUGAUUUAAAACUAAAAUCUGUGAUCAGGGAUUUUUUGAAUAUUAGUUUACAAAUACUAAUAAUUGUUAUAAUUUUUUUACCAUCAGCAGUGGCGUAAAAACGUCCCUACACAGUUUAAUUUUAAUAAACUUCGAGAUUUUCAGCGUACUCAAUUACACGUUGUAUAUGUCCCACUAAUGGCCAUUGAGCUCCUCUCUUAGGCGAGAGAGAAUGGUCUGUAGUUCCCACGCUUGCCCAAUGCGUAUUGGAGACAUCACAUUCAUCCAUAGAACAUAAUAUCUCUUGGACAUGGGCCCUAAUGGGUCGGUGCCCGUGGCAUUUUACCAGCCCUGCCACCCUAUUGUUACGCCACUGCAUCUAUGACUACAGUAAAAACCUAAAAUCACAUUAUCUUGUUCUAGGUUUAACUUUUGACGCACUUAAAACUACAUUAAAUGAAAACUAUAUUAUAAUACCAAUUUAUGUGCCAUUAGAAGUCAUGUUGUAGUAAUUUUUAUCAUCAUGACAUGUCUAAUUUUGCGAUGUCACUAAUUUUGUAAUCAUUUAUAUUAUACUAAUGGUCGUAGGGAGACCUACUAGUAGUAGUAAUAAGUGAGAUUUUUGUAUUUCCAUUAUUCCCAGUGUGCUUAUUUCAUUUAUACAAGUUUAUGUAACUAAUUAAUUGGUGCUACACUGUUUUAUAAGAGAUCAAUUGCAUUAUGAAUAGAAAGUAUGUUACCCACAUUUCUAGUGUUAUUUUAGCAUUUAUGCACUUGUUUUGUUUUUGUAUGUAAGUCAUGUUUUAUUGUGAAAUGUGUAAUGCUUGUUUUAUAUACAUAGUAAUAAUUUAGGUAUGCACAUAUUUCUAAGAAUUGAAAUUUAUCAAAGGCUGACUUAUAAUUCUGACUGAGUUACAAAUUGAACAUUAAGAAAAACAUUUUUCUUGUAUAUAAGAACAUUUAAAAGUAAAUUUCUUAGAACAAAUAUAUUUUAUAAAGCAACAAUAACUAUGAUAUUGGGAUAAUAUGAUUUACAAUUUAUACUAAGUUUAAAAUAUUAUGAAAACAAAAUCAACUUCCAUGUUGUGUAUGGUAAUAAAAUCAGUUUUUGGUUUGAUUCAUAUUGGGCAGCUAAAUAGGGUGAGGGUGAAUUUAUCAACACAAAAAUAUAUUGUUAGUUCUGAAA